AGGCUCCUGGCUAGGCUGGAAGGCAGGCUCCCCACUGGGCUGGAAGGCAGGCUCCCCACUGGGCUGGAAGGCAGGCUCCCGGGUAGGCUGGACCACAGGCUCCCAGUUGGGCUGGAAGGCAGGCUCCCGGGUAGGCUGGACCACAGGCUCCCAGUUGGUCUGGACCGCAGGCUCCCAGCUGGGCUGGUCGGUAGGCUUCCGGUUGGGCUGGACCGCAGGCUCCCAGCUGGGCUGGAAGGCAGGCUCCCCACUGGGCUGGAAGGCAGGCUCCCCACUGGGCUGGAAGGCAGGCUCCCCGCUGGGCUGGAGGAAGGCUUCUGACCGGACUGGAGGCAGGCUCCCGGGUAGGCUGGACCGCAGGCUCCCAGUUGGGCUGGACCGCAGGCUCCUAGCUGGGCUGGUGGUCGGCAGGCUCCUGGCUAGGCUGGAAGGCAGGCUUCCCACUGGGCUGGAAGGCAGGCUCCCCACUGGGCUGGAAGGCAGGCUCCCGGGUAGGCUGGACCACAUGCUCCCAGUUGGGCCGGAAGGCAGGCUCCCGGGUAGGCUGGACCACAGGCUCACAGUUGGGCUGGACCGCAGGCUCCCAGCUGGGCUGGUCGGUAGGCUUCCGGUUGGGCUGGACCGCAGGCUCCCAGCUGGGCUGGAAGGCAGGCUCCCCACUGGGCUGGAAGGCAGGCUCCCCACUGGGCUGGAAGGCAGGCUCCCCGCUGGGCUGGUCGACAGGCUCUCUUGGGCUUCCGCUCCUUGAUUGCCCUGAUUGGUUGGGCCGACUCGAGCUCUAGGUUGCUGGGCUUGGGCCCGCUGGUCCAAGUUCGGGGCCUGGGCCGAUUAGGCUCUGGGCCUGGUCCCAUAACCCCAUCAC